AUGAUUCAGAUAGUGCCUCAAUCAGUUGUGUUAACCUAUAUAGUUUUUGUUGCAACCCAGCUGAAGUGGGCAUGGGAUUGUCUUCUUUAUCAAUCCUUCUUCGUUCAGCCUGCCGGAAUCAAGUUACCAGAGUAUGUUGAUGAUCUUAGUGUAACAUGCUACGAAAAUAACACAGAGUCUAGAGAUUCUGUUGAAUGUGCUGUUUGUUUAUGCAAGAUUGAGGAAGGAGAUGAAAUCAGAGAACUGAGAUGUGAUCAUCUGUUUCACAGAGUUUGUUUGGAUAGGUGGCUCGGCUAUGGGCACAUGACAUGCCCUCUUUGCCGGAAUAUUCUAAAGUUUGCACCACUGGCGGAGGAGCUCUACCACCACCAGGAACUGAUUCUUAUUAACUUCUGUGCCACUACAUCCAGGGAUCGCUGUGCAUGGUGGCUACGAUGA